AGCAUGGCUGGAGCUGAACAGAACUUCUCUGGUGCGCUAGCGACAUGGAGGGACAUUAACUUGUCCGAACUUCAAAAGACGCUGGAUGACCAAGGCAUCGAGCUAGUUGAGAACCAGAAGGAGAGCGUGGUUGGCCGCAAGGCUCUCGCAGACCGUACGAAGGAGUUCAAGAAGACACCGGAUGAGGAGAAACUCACGGUAUUCAAGGGUCUGUUGAAAGCCUAUCAGACCGAGAUUGAUAGUCUCACGAAACGAUCUAAAUCCGCCGAGAACGCGUUCUUGAAUGUCUACAAAGUCCUUGCAGAGGCCCCGGAUCCAUACCCCCUUCUCGAAGUGGCCGUUGACCAAACCGUGAAGGUGGCCGAGGCUCGCGAGCUUGAGGUGGAGCUCCAGAAAACGCGGGAUGAGAAUGCUGAGUUGCGCAGGCGCGUUAACGAAGCCGCGUCACUGGAAACGGCCAAGAGGAAGGCUGAUGCGCGGAUUGAACAGCUCGAACAGAAGAUGGAGGAGAUGAUUCAGGAGAAGGUCACCCAAAAAGAGAACGAGUUGAAUGCCACGUACGACGAGAAAAUGCGGAACUACGAGGAACGGGAGCAGGACCUCCAACGACAGCUGGUUUUGACGAAGAGCCAACUUCGGGAUCUCCGUAUGUCUAACGAAUCCAACCAAGCCAAGCUGUUUGAUCACUCGCAACGACAAGACCAAGAGGUCGUCUCUAAACUUGCUGAGCUUGACAUGAUGGUUGCCGACCUCGAGCAAGCCAACAGCCGUGUUGCUACUGUUGAACGCCGGAACGAGCUUCUACGAGCUGAGAUUGAGGCGAUCAAGAGCGGCAAUGACCAUGCUGAUCGAGUCAAGGGCCUUGAGUCAAAGAUCACGGACCUUGAAUCAGAGACAGACCGAUUAUCGCGUGCAUUGGAAGUGCAGAAGUCAGCCACAUUGGACGCCCAGGCCGCGGCUACUCGCAAGGUCGAAGAGUCUGCACGAGAAUUACAGAAGAAGUCUGGCGAGAUUGAUCAGCUCAGACAGAAACUCAAGCAGUACAACGACUAUGACGAGAUCAAGCGAGAGCUCGAGAUCAUGAAAUAUGUCGAGUUCGCCGGAUUGGAGGAGGAAGAUGACACUGAGGGUGCCAGCUUGAACGGCAACGGUGAUGCUUUGGGCCUACAGCUCCAUCUUCCAAAUCCAAAUGCAGACAAGGCUAAUGCACAACGCGGGAAGUCUCUUGAAGUCCUCCUGGCCACGAAGAACAAGCGCAUUCUGGAGGAAUUGGCGAAGUUCAGGAUCUUGCAUGGAGAGCUGGAAGCAUCCCUCCAGGCAACACGAGCAGAGCUUGAGGCGACUCAUUCAGAGCUUCAGAAGCAGAAGGCGCUCAAUGAUAAACUCGAGAACGAUCUCCUCCAGAUGGACCAUCGCAAGUCCAAUGGAGAACCGAACGGUAUCCCAAGUACCUCCGAGUCCACGACUGCCGGCUCCGCCGAUCCUCUAUCUGGUCUCGAGUUGGGGAAGAAAGGCAGCGAGACAUCUGCGAGAACGACGCCAAUACCUUUCGGAUCCUCUGCUGAUACCUCAAUAUUGCCCAUUGUCACCAGCCAACGCGAUCGAUUCCGGCAACGAAAUGCUGAAUUGGAGGAGGAGCUGCGCAAGCAAUUUAAUAUCAUAUCCGAACUUCGUUCUGAGAUCAAGAGUCUGCAGGCAGACAAUCUUAAGCUAUACGAGAAAGUUCGGUAUAUGCAGAGCUAUCGCGAAGAUGCCGCUGUCAGACCGUCGACUUUGGACCCACUGCCGUCCAGUGCGACACGCCCAGACGACAUGAGCAGAUAUCGUGCUCGAUACGAGGAAGCCAUGAACCCUUUCCAAGCCUUCCGUGGAAGAGAAGCAACGCGAGCUUAUGAGUCCCUCAAUCCAUUGGAAAGAGGUGUGCUGGUCUUGACUCGGGCCAUCCUUGGCAACCGACGAACACGGACUGUCUUCAUUUGCUAUGCUAUUGCCCUUCAUGUGCUUGUAAUGAUCACUACCUAUGAGUGCACCAUGUCGUCUGGGUCACAAGCACAACGACAGCCCAGUCCAUACAGUUCAUGAUGUGCUUCCCUGACCCAUAUACAUCUGCCUUUAUUUCGGAUUCCGGACUUGUAUGGCAUGCUAUUAGCUUGUGGGACUCCUAAAUAGUGUACCGAUAUAUGCGGUAGUCUUGGAAUAGCAGCAUCCGACUUCACAUGU